UCAUCCCACUGAAGUGAUCAGAGAGGAAGAAAAACACAACAGAUCCACAGCACUUGCUGCUUCUGUCAUUCGGUGUGUGUUUGCUGCAUCUAGAGACGCUUUUCUCUCAGGAUCCUGGGGAAAGGACGGGUUUUGGUUCUUUCAUUUGGUUGUUUGAAACCAUGUUCAUGCAAAUCCUGCAUUAAAUGAUAUGUACAAGAUGUUCCAGCAAUAAUGUAUGAUGCAUGGCGAUUAGUUUAAAAAGAGAACUAAUAACCUCACCAAGAGAAACCCUGCUUCUUCUACUUCACCUGACGCAGUUGAGAGGUCCUUUGUGGAAAAACCCCGAGCCUGCUUUCACACUCCCGCUGGAUUUACUUCAGACGCCUCGGUGAUUUUAGGAGGAUCUCUUCCGUAAACACAAGGCCGAUUUCUGUGCAUCAAACCCUGUGAACCAUCAUGGCCAAAGUGCAGGUGCUCAACGUGGCUGUUCUGGAUAACCCCAGUCCGUUUGGAAACCCGUUUCAGUUCGAGAUCACGUUUGAAUGCAUGGAGGACCUACCUGAAGAUCUCGAGUGGAAGAUCAUCUACGUGGGCUCUGCAGAGAGCGAGGAGUACGACCAGGUUCUGGACUCGGUUCUGGUCGGCCCGGUUCCUGCAGGAAGACACAUGUUUGUGUUUCAGGCGGACGCUCCAAACACUGGGCUGAUCCCUGAGAGCGAUGCGGUGGGCGUGACCGUAGUGCUGAUCACAUGCACCUAUCGGGGACAGGAGUUCAUUCGCAUCGGAUACUACGUCAACAAUGAGUACACAGAGCCCGAGCUACGGGAGAACCCGCCGGUCAAACCCGACUACACACAGCUUCAAAGGAACAUCUUGGCGUCGAACCCUCGGGUGACCCGUUUCCACAUUAACUGGGAAGCAACGAUGGACAAGAUGGAAGAUUCAGAGAAUGUAGACCCCGCCCCCAACGCCAUGCUCCCGCCCACUUCCAUGCCCGGCAAAGCCCCGCCCCUCGGACUCAUGCCCGACAACUCCAUGGACUGCUUAUAGGACUGACACGCAACAACAACCUCAUUCAUAGAGUAAUAAAUGUGUUGUCUUGUAUUUAAACUCCUACAUGUUCUCUCAGUUGUGAUUGGACACAGUCAGGGACUUUUCAGGCCUUUUCUUGCACUUCCUGUCUGGAGCAGCAGGAGGCGGAGCCUACAGCAGGGGGCGGAGCCUGCAGCACCAGCAGACAUGGACUGUUUUCUUCAGGUUCAGGUCAUCAAAACAUGAUCCAGUCACAUUUAUCGGUGCAGUUAAAUAAAUCAACCAUAUUCACCUUAAAUAAGAAACAUUUUUUCUUUUAAUUCCGGAGUGAAACGUGACUGACGUGUUUUUGUGAGAUUCACUGAUCAGAAAUCAGCAACGUUUCUGGGAGUGUAUUUCUCGGAUGCGUUCGGAACUCCUCACAAAUCCGACUGGGUUUCUGUUUGGUUGGAGUGAGAGUAUUUAGAGGAGUGUUUGGGUUUUAAUGUAAAAGCCUGGUUUAUAUUGGUACUUUUUCUUCCCAUGUGAUUUCUGUUUAUGAAAAGUGUUCGCCUGAAUAAAUAUUAACUUUUGUCUUUGUAAA